AUGCCGGUGGACUUUUCUGCGCUGCAGGCGGAGAUGCUGCAGGAAGGCCAGCGGUUCUGCCUCAAGUGGAACAACUACCACAGCACCUUGACGUCGCUGCUGGACACACUGCGCCAGAUGCACGAGCUGGUAGACGUGACGCUGUGCUGCCAGGGCCGCCAGCUGCGCGCCCACCGGCUCGUGCUCUCCGCCUGCAGUCCGUACUUCCGCGAGGUGCUCAAGGCUCAUCCCGGCGAUCCUGUGUUCUUCUUCAAGGAUGCUGAAUUCGACGAUCUCGUAGCAAUAAUCGAAUUCAUCUACAGUGGUCAAGUGAACGUGGAUCAAACCCGAUUUACCUCAUUCCUGGCUGUGGCUGAAAUGCUCAAAAUCAAAGGGCUGGCGAAGGAUGCUGGCAUGGACCAGAACGAUCAUCAGUUGGCGGUGACCAAGGAGCACGUGGUCGUGUCUGCAGUUGAAGGUGUCGGACUUUGA